UACACUGUAUAUGUAUGCACGUAUACAAGUUUGUUGUAUCUGUAGUUACUGACACGAGUUACGUAAGAUACAGUCUCUAGAUGUCAGCAUCUCAGAGUUAAGUAUACAUUUUUAGCUGUACAUUAUUUCUUGAUUUUUCAAAUCACUGGAGUAGAAAUGGGUAAUACAAUAUACACCUGGGCUCAUCCAGGUCCAUAUCCAGAAACUGAUGGAACUCCAACAUUUGAUCCACUGCUCGGAUUUCCACAUGGUCGUAAAAAGAGGGUUAUGAAAGUAACAGAACAAGAACUGAUGGCAGCUAAAGUUCCAAUGAGACUAAGAGAUUAUUGUGCUCAUCACUAUUUGGAAUACUUGGAAUGUAUGGGAGUUCAUUUUCCAUUUUUUCUUAAUUGUGAGAAAUAUUACCACAAGCAUAUGCAUUGCGAGUAUGAAGAUUAUGUCUUGAGGUUGAAAGAAUAUGAAAGAGAACGUAGAUUACUUGUUAGACACAAGAAGAAGCAGGAAGCUAUACAAGCAGCAGCUGCUUAGUUCCCAACUCUGUGCAUGGGUUGUUUCAUUUUAGGAUAUAUUAUAUAUAUAUAUGCAAAAAAUUCAGUUUUUUGUCUGUGUAAAUAAACAUAAUAAAACAUUUCAGUGGUGUAAAUCAGUGAAAAUUGUAAAUAUUAUCAUCACUGUUAUUAUCACCAUUGUUGGUAUCAUUAUUGUUA